CUUCACAUCCUCCUUGCCCCUUCCAUUCGCCUUUCUUUCUCACCUCACAUCCCCUCAAGCAUGGCGAGUAGCUCCUCCUCACAACCCACCCACAUCCUCGUAGUAGGUGCAGGCGCCGUCGGCUGUUUCUACGCGUCCCGCCUUCACUCUCCCGAACGUGGCGUCCUCGUCUCUCUAGUCUGCCGAUCCAACUAUCCCACGAUCAAGGCUAAGGGCGUCCAUCUCAAGACGCGCGACUUUGGAGAGUAUCACUUUACCCCUCAUCGCGCAUAUGGCAGUAUUGCUGAGGCUGCUGAGGACGGCAAAACGCUCGGAGGCUGGCAGCACGUCGUCGUGACCACAAAAGCGCUCCCAGAUCAGGUGGACGAUUCGGCCUCCAUCGCUCCGCUGGUCAGCGAGGGGCGUACGGUCGUUUCCCUCAUCCAAAAUGGGGUAGGCAUCGAGCAACCUCACCGCAGUCGCUUCCCUAGCAAUCCGGUAGUCUCUUGCGUAACAGUCAUUAGCGCCGAACAGACCUCGCACGGGCAGAUCACGCAGAAUCGAUGGACAAGGAUAUCACUUGGACCUUAUACGGAUGGAGUCGGGGACGAUACCUCUUCUUCUCUGGCGCAACGUGGAAAAGAGGCAACAGAGCAGCUCUGCUCCUGGUGGUCAGCAGGCGGUAUCAAAGACGCAGAGCCGCACAGUGAGAAGGAGCUGCAGCUGAUCCGCUGGCACAAGUUGACCAUCAAUGCCGCCUUCAAUCCUUCUGCCGUCCUAUCCGGCGGGUUGGGUAAUGCGCUCAUGGUCCUCGAUGAGGCAGGCGAGCUGAGAAGGCACAUCGAAGGAUGUAUGGCAGAGAUCUUCUCCGUUGGCCCGCGAGUACUAAACGUGGAGCGUUUCCCCGAUCACCUGGCGAGGCCGGAGAAGAUAGUCAAGAGUACCGAGCGGAACGAUAAGGCUGCAAAACCGAGCAUGCUGCUGGAUUGGGAGGCGGGACGGCCUAUGGAGCUGGAGGUCAUCUUGGGCAACCCAGUUAGGAUAGCGAGGGAGAGGGGCCUGGAGAUGCCUAGGUUGCAGAGCAUGUAUGCGCUUCUCAAGGCGGCACAGGCGCAGAGAAUGGCGAGGGACAAGGAGUCAAAGGAGCGAGCGAGGCUUUGAUUCUCUUUGCUUGCUCUGCUUGGUAUCAUGAUUGCAUGCCUCGACCUCCACGCGCAGCUCAUCGUGUGAUGUACAUGAGCAGCAAUACGGUCCCGCAUCCAAUGAUGCAUCCCAUCACUAUACUGUCCCUCCUCCUUCUGCGUCCGAUCAUCGUCAUGAUCCCGUUCAGCGCCGGAACCUGAGCAGCCGUAUUGCUCAUACGGGCAGUGACGUUAUUGAGCAUCUGGCGUUGGCCGCGGAAGUCGGUCAGAGUUGCGUAGGCUUGUUCGAGCGUCCCGUCGAUCAUGCUAUGCGAGUUAUCCAACCUGCCCCUCUCAGCGAGCAAUCGGUCCUCAUCGCUCCCCACCUGCGCAGCCCUAUAUGCAUCAAUAUCCCCUCGUACCCGGCCAACUAGCUCUCGCCUGUCCAACGCAUGUCUGA